GAAAACUACUACGUUAUUGGCCGAAAACGGAUUCCCAGUGAGACCUGACCGCCUAUUGGUUGCAGCAUGUCGAGACACUGACGCGCACGACGUCUCCCUUCUAUUGUUAUUGUGGCGUGCGCGAGUGGAACAGACAGGAUGCACGAGGAGACAGUAGGGCUGAUAAAAGGCUAAAACAACCGAGAAACAUCAAGCUAGCACAGUGCAACGUACGAGGAAUAAACAUUAGCUCGGUCCAUUGCAGGGCUUUAGAACAACGAGCCCUGGAACGCAGAGCAGCACCCAGGUCUGAUGCAAAGAGUAUGAACACAGAUAGCAGCUCUGGUCAACACACAACACGUACAGCUAUCUAGAGUACAACAGCGAUCUUUUUGUCCAACUUCUUCUCUCAACUCUGGCUGAUGUGGUCUGAUUCUGAGCUGGGCCAUCAUGAUGCCAGUGAACUUUCUGGUCACUCAUUGGCUGACCAACUUAAUACCAGCAGCAUCAUGUCAGUGAACCCUCCAAGCAGUAAUGACGCCUGCCUCAGCAUCGUCCACAGCCUCAUGUGCCACCGGCAGGGCGGAGAGAACGAGGGCUUUGCUAAGCGGGCCAUUGAGAGCCUGGUGAAGAAGCUGAAGGAGAAGAAAGACGAGCUGGACUCGCUCAUCACCGCCAUCACCACCAAUGGUGUCCAUCCCAGCAAGUGUGUCACCAUCCAGAGGACACUGGACGGACGGCUGCAGGUGGCAGGGAGGAAAGGUUUUCCUCAUGUCAUUUAUGCACGGCUGUGGCGCUGGCCUGACCUCCACAAAAAUGAACUCAAGCAUGUCAAGUUCUGCCAAUACGCCUUUGACCUGAAGUACGACAAUGUAUGUGUCAACCCCUACCAUUAUGAGAGGGUGGUGUCACCAGGCAUCGUUGGUCUCAGCCUUCAAAAUACAGCAGCACCAGGCAGCCUGAUCAAAGAGGAAUACAUCCAUGACUGUAUACAGAUGGACCUCCCACCAGGCAUGCCUCUGUCUGACCACCAAGCGGCCAUGAAGCUUCCUCCUCCAGACCUCUAUGGCCAGCCCUUGCAUCCCCCGCAGCUGUCCUCUGAAUCUCAUGGACCCCCCCCUGUCACUAGAUACACCAACCUGCCUGUCUCACCUAAAGGCUCCGGCUCCGGCUCCAUGCUACCGCUCCAGGGAGGACACGGUGACGGCCGUCUCCAAACCGCUUCCCCACAGGCUCAAGUCAUGACCUCGGCACCACGACCCCAGACCCCAACCCAGGCCCCUCCUCAGCAACAGGCUGCCCAGCAACCCUCACAGCCCCCCCACCCACAACAACCCUCCCUACCUCCCUCUCACGUGCAUGGACAGAACGGUUACAGCAGCAAUAAACACUCUCAGAGCCAGGCUGCCUUCCACACGGUUUGGACAGGCAGCAGCACAGCCUCCUACACUCCCAUAGGACCCCAGCAGAACGGGCGUGGUCAUCAUCCAAACCACCAUUGGUCUCAGCAUCAUGGCUCAGCCUCUUUCCCUCCUUCUGUGUCCAACCAUCCAGGACCAGAGUUUUGGUGCUCUAUCUCCUACUUUGAAAUGGACGUUCAGGUGGGUGAGAUGUUCAAGGUGCCCUCCAGCUGCCCCGUAGUAACCGUGGACGGUUAUGUUGACCCGUCAGGAGGCGAUCGCUUCUGCCUCGGACAGCUGAGUAACGUCCACCGCACAGAUGCAAGUGAAAGAGCCAGGUUGCACAUAGGUAAAGGCGUGCAGCUGGAGUGUCGUGGGGAGGGCGAUGUGUGGAUGCGUUGUAUGAGCGACCACGCUGUGUUUGUUCAGAGCUACUACCUCGACAGGGAGGCAGGCCGAGCACCAGGUGACGCUGUGCACAAGAUCUACCCCGGAGCCUACAUCAAGGUGUUUGACCUGCGGCAGUGCCACAGACAGAUGCAGCAGCAGGCAGCGACGGCUCAGGCUGCAGCUGCUGCACAGGCAGCCGCCGUGGCAGGAAACAUUCCCGGUCCAGGCAGCGUCGGAGGCAUUGCACCUGCAGUUAGUCUGGCUGCAGCAGCGGGGAUCGGUGUGGAUGACCUGAGGCGCCUGUGUAUCCUGCGGCUCAGCUUCGUGAAGGGCUGGGGGCCCGACUACCCUCGGCAGAGCAUCAAACACACGCCCUGCUGGGUGGAGGUCCACCUGCACCGCGCUCUGCAGCUUCUGGAUGAGGUGUUGCACACCAUGCCGUUGGCAGACCCAGGGCCUGCUAACUGAGGACCAUGACCUUGUUCAAAUUCCAAUCUGGAUUCUAUGAAUGUGCACACACAGGCACACAUGUUGCCAAAUAUGCUAUCUAAUUGAUCCACAAAGCAAAUCAAUGGAAAAGCUGGUGUUGAUGGUUUUUCCAAUGCUUUACUCCAUAAUCUGAAGUCAAACACAAGGGAGGUGGAGCUCUGAAGGUAAAGAUUCUGAUUCUGACCAACUUGUCUGUCCUGAAGACAUUCAUAUGCACUGUAGAAAUCCAGGGAUGUGUUUCAGAAAUCCAGCUCCUCUAUAUGCAAUUUGGAUGUCUUUCAAUAGUAGGAGACACAUUCAUUCAUGGAAUGAACACACAGAUGUAUAGAAAGUUAUCCAGGAGGGAAACCACAGAAAGAGAACUGCAUACCUCUGGAGAUGCUGUCAGUAAACUCACACUGAACACAAACAACAUUACAGUUCUCUUUACAUCUUCUCAACAACAGAGCUGAUGUAGAGGAGUAAGACAACCCGUAUUAUGUCAUCUCUGUGCUUGUGCUGCGCUCUUCACUGUAUGUUGAUCUAAACUGUUAGCAUUGAUAGCUGUUUAGCCCUCUUAUUAUGCUCAGCUCAAGCUAUAUUAUUUUUGUACCAAAAGGCUAAAAAGCCAAAAACAUUUAGCUUUAAAGUAGUGUUGUUGUACUUUGUAAUGAAACAGUGCUACCCUGUAUGUAACCAAAUGGUUGGUGUAAAUCACCGAAGCCAAAAUACCUCAUAACUACAGUGCAAAGUCACAUUCGUUUUACGCCUAAAGCGCACACACUUUGUUCAUCACUGACAGGCUGAAGUCAAUCAAUGGAGCCCUCUGAUAGGAUUCUGACUACAACACUCCCUAAGCUUUGUAUUUAUUGAGCUCUAUAAUGUCCCGUGCUGUGAUGUGCAGUAGCAGUACUAGAUAAGUUGACUGAUACGUGUUUCUGUGGAACAUUAGCUAUACUCUACAUGUCACAGCAGAAAGAAGUUGUAACGAUUGAUGGAAAACAACCAUCAGCAGCUCCAGAGAUAGAAGCCUGAGUCUGUCCUCUGGUCUGUUCUCUGAGCAUAUCAUCCCUUACAGUGGCUUCACUGAACUCUGGGUUGGCUUCUUUAAAUGUGGCUCAACCAAUUCACACUGUAACUGCUGUCAUCAGGCUAAAAUAAGGCUGUUUAUUCUUAUCAAACUAAUUCAUUUGGAAGAGGUUUGAGGAUUGAUUUCUUCAUCCCGGACUAAUUAAGUAACAAUGUGCUCUUAUUUUGAAAUAAAGGCAAAAUGAGUAGAGAGUUAAAGCCAUAAACAGCAGUGAUAUGAUUGGUUGAGUGCUCAUCAUAUGGUUCCAGUUACAUGAGGUAGGUGUGUUGCACAGGUGUAAAACAGUAGAUGUGACAUUAGGUCUAUAACUAUUAGAAUAAUCGUCAUCUUACCUGGGUAUUGUUUCAAUCGCCACCAAUGGACAGCAGCUGGCUGUCUGCUGUGCAGCACUAACUGACUUUACCAGAAGGACCACAGAGACCAGGGAGGCUGGCAGCACCUCCCAGACGCCAGGAGAUGACACAUUUCAUGUUUGAGUCAACUAAAACUACAAAAAAGUUAGUGAACUUUAAAGUCAGCUAGCGAGUAACACACCAGCAGUUUGAAGUCAAAGUUGUUGCUGAUUGCUAGCUCUCAACCGGAUUAAUCUGUUCUCUAAACAGAUAAGUUAUAGCCAGCAGACAUUGCUUUAAUGUUAGCUACGCUAACCGAGCUCAAAAGUAACAUCUAGUAACGCUAACGUGAAAAGAAAGUUAUUAAUAUUACACUAACAUUGAAGCACCUCCAUGCCAAUGAAGUGUAAAGUAAACAUAUAACAUGUUCAUUACAAAGAGAAGUGCUUGUAAUCCCAUUUCAUAAUAUCUCAAGACAAACAUCAGCCGACAUAAUUAGAGGCGGAGGAGUCACGUUAACAUUACAUGUUCACCCAAAUCACCUUGAAUCCUGCAAUUAAUCAUCAUUUAUUAACAUCACUUAUUAUCCGAUUUUCCUUUCAGUGAAGCAAAUAAAGAAAUAAUCCAUAUCUUGGUCAGUAAAGUAAUCCAGUUGGAGAAAGAAGUUUAGUACUUCAGCGGUUUCAAGCUAGGUCAAACGUGAUGUAGUAAAUUAGCCAUUCACAACACCAAAGACAGUUCUUACGUAUUAACUUCAGACAAAAUUGAAAAAAUAACGUCAUUGUCUGCAACAUAAAGACACAAUUAUGAGAAGUCGUGAUCUGUUCUCUUGGAGCUAUAACAAUUAACUUUCUACCAGAAUAUUAGUUUUUUGGUUCAUUCUAGACAGACACGGUUGUCGUUCGCUCAGUAUCUUGAAUAAAAACAGUAUUGGUGUGUUGGUAGAAAAACACAAUAAAAAGACAAUCGAAGCGUGUUUCAGGUUCCAUUUACAACAGGUUUGAAACUGGACCCAGGUAAGAUGGCGCCAUAUGGUUCCUGGAAGUGCAAGUCAUUUGAACAUGUCACAUCUACUAUUUUACACCUCCCUGUUGAACAUUAGCAGUGAAUAUAGUUUUCAUUUUUCAAGUCUAUCUUAAAGGGCCAGUGUGCAGCAUUUCGAGGAUCUAUUAGCAGGAAUGGAAUAUGAUAUUCAUAAUUAUGUUUUCAUUAGUGUAUAAGCACCUGAAAGUAAGAAUGGUAGUGUCUUCCUUAGCUUAGAGUGAGCCCUCCAUGUCUAGAUAGUGGGCGGGUCCUCUUCAUGGAGUCCAAGUCUCUUCAGUACCCAGAAUGGACUAACUAAACACAAGCUUUUGAUGUUACCUGAAGGCAGUGGCGGGCCGUGCAUUUUAUACCUGGGCCUUCACUGCUGUCCUGCAGCUGAAAUACCACCUUAUAACCACA